CCGGCCCGGCCCGGCCCGGCCCGGGCUCAGCCCCUGCAGCGGCUCCGCGACUCACACGCAGGCCGGGGCCCGGCCAGGAGCGCGGCAGCCCGGGCCGGCGUCUGCAGGACCCACAGGAAGCGGCAGGAGCAGCCGGGAGCGGGGCGGGCCGGAGGAAGCAGGAGAACAAAGCCCGGAGAUCGGGCCCGGGGCAGCCGGGCGGCUCCGUUCUCCGCGGGGAGCCAGCCCCGGGCUCUGCCCCCCUCCGCUCCGGAGCCAGAGACUCCAGGGGCCGGUGACCUUCGAGGAGGUGGCGGUGUGUUUCACCAGGGAAGAGGGGGCUCUGCUGGACCCCGCUCAGAGAGCCCUCUGCAGAGACGUCAUGCAGGAGGACGAUGAGAAUGUGACCUCGCUGGGGUUUCACGUUCCCAAACCAGACAUGAUCUCCCAGCUGGAACGAGGGGAGGAGCCGUGGGUCCUGGAUCUCCAGGGCUCUGAGGAAGGAGAGAUCCUGAGCGGCGCUUGUGCAGGUGCUGGGAUGGUGAAUGAGAACAAGGAGCAGAAUCCUGAGCAGGAAGAUGCUGAGCAAGGGGAAGCGCGCGGGGGAUUAUCCCAAGGAUCCAAAGGGAAUGUGUCCAGGUGUUGUGUGAAGGGGAAAGCCUGUGAGAGCCAGCACAGGCCGGAGAGGCAGCAGGGAAACCAGCCCAGGGAGAAAGUGGGUAAAUCCAUUAAUUGUCAGGGGACUCACCAAGACUCCAAGGAAAUCACAGCCCAGCAGGGAAUACCUACAGGAGAGAGAAAAAACACAUGCACUGAGUGUGGGAAACACUUCACUCUGAACUCCACCCUCGUUAGACAUCAGAGGAUCCACACAGGGGAGCACCCCUACAAAUGCUGUGAUUGCGGGAAACAGUUCAGUGAGAAAUCAAACUUUAUUACACAUCAGACAAGCCACACAAGAGAGAAACCCUAUGAGUGCUGUGAGUGCGGGAAAAGCUUCACUCGGAGUUCAACCCUUACUAGACAUCAGAGAAUCCACACAGGAGACAGACCCUAUGAGUGCUGUGAGUGCGGGAAAAGCUUCACUCAGAGCUCAGUCCUUAUUAAUCAUCAGCGAAUGCACACAGGAGAGCGCCCCUAUACGUGCUGUGAGUGCGGGCAAACAUUCGCUCAGAGCUCAGCCCUAUUUAAGCAUGAGAAGAUCCACACGGGAGAGCGCCCCUAUGAAUGCUCUGAGUGCGGGAAACAAUUCAUUGAGAAAUCAAAAUUUAUGAAACAUCAGACGAGUCACACAGGAGGGAGACCCUAUGAAUGUUGUCAGUGCGGGAAACAGUUCAGUGAGAAAUCAAGCCUUACUAAACAUCAGGCAAGCCACACGGAUGAGAGACCCUAUGAGUGCAGUGAGUGCGGGAAAAGCUUCACUCGGAGCUCAUCCCUCAUAAGACAUCAGAGGAUCCACACAGGAGAGAGACCGUAUAAAUGCUGUGAGUGCGGGAAAAGCUUUGCUUUCAAAUCAGACGUUAAUAAACAUCAGAGGGUCCACACGGGAGAGCGCCCCUAUGAAUGCCGCGAGUGCGGGAAACAGUUCAGUCAGAAAUCAAACCUUAGGGCACAUCAGAGAGGCCACACAGAACAGAGUCCCUAUGAGUGCCGUGAGUGCGGGAAAAAGUUCACUCAGCUCUCAGGCCUUAUUAAUCACCAGAGAAUCCACCCGGGAGAGCGCCCCUAUGAAUGCUGUGAGUGGGGGAAACAGUUCAGUGAGAAAUCAAACGUUCUUAAACGUGAGGCAGGCCACGCCGGAGAGAGACCCUAUGAGUGCUGUGAGUGCGGGAAGAAGUUCACUCAGCGCUCAGGCCUUGUUAAUCACCAGAGAAUCCACACAGGAGAGCGCCCCUAUACAUGCUGCGAGUGUGGGAAAAGCUUCACUCAGAGCUCAGGCCUUAUUAAACAUCGGAGGAUCCACACAGGAGAGAAACCCUAUGAGUGCUCCGAGUGCGGCAAGAACUUCACUGAGAGCUCAUCUCUUAUUAGACAUCAGGGGAUCCACACGGGGGAGAGACCCUAUGAAUGCUUUGAGUGUGGGAAAAGCUUCACUUUUAAAUCGGACCUUAUUAAUCAUCAGAGGAUCCACACACGAGAGCAGCCUGUGAAUGCUGUGAAAGCGGGAAAAGUUUCACCUGGAGCUCACACCUUAAUAGACAUUAGUGAUUUCACAGGAUAGAGACACACCAUAAGAACUUUGUGUAGGGCAGAGAAAAGGUUUUGGUUUUUUUUUUUUUUUUUAAAGACAUUUGCUAAUUCCUAAACAGGGACUUCGGUGAAAACAGCCCUAAAUUUGCGUCACCCUGUUCUCUCAGCUCCCCCAGGUGAGUUGCCCACUUUUUCUUUGCAGGUCGCCCUUCUCUGGGGUGACCCAUGGUCCUUUCUACCAACUCCUUUCUCCUGUGAGUCAUGAGAGUGUCUCCCCCUCCGGCCAGGAGUGUCCAUCAGCCUCAAGUGGGGUUAAUAGGGGUGACCUCAGGUAGGGGUGAUCUAAAACUGACCUGGGCUUUGUCUCCGCUAGGAUUUUCCAGCCUGCUGGAGGUAGCAGUCCUAAUUUAAACACCCUGCUAUAUGUGCCGUGCUGACAUAGCCCAGGGGCUGGGGUUAGCUCACACCUUCCCCUUUGACCUGUCCUAAUCGACACCAACGUUCCUGCUCUGGACAAUCCCUGAGCAGCACAUCUAUACUGGCCCCGCUCUAGCAGAGCGAGUGUUAGUCACCAAGUUCCCCCUUUGGCAACAGAUUGUCUCAUUCCCAGUUGUUCUCAUGCUGGUCCAGGUUGUUCUGGGCAGUAGGUAUUUUUCUUUUUAACAUUUUCCUUAUUGAAAAUCUAUUUCAAUAUAACAAAGAGGAGGAGCAGGAGUGGGACAAAUGUAUCAUUUCGGCCCCUGUGACACUGGCAGGAAAUGGGGUGAGUCAACGGGAUUCCCUCCUUCCCCAUCACCGUCACUAGGCCCGCUCACACCAGCAGUGCUGGGGUCUGUCUGAGCCACAAUGGAGUUUAUCCACCUAUAUUCUACCCCUCCACCUCCCAAAGACUCUCUGCACUUCAUAGCAAAUUGAUCCUAAAUCCGAGUCGUUAGGGCUGGAGAUGAAAAUGUCCCAGACCUGGAUGGGGAAUUUCCAUGGAUCCCAAACACCAUGCAAUCAUUCCCCAUUUAAAUCUCAGUUUCUGUCUAUUGACAGAGCAACUUCUGGAAAUUUUCCUGCUGAGCUGGGAUCGUGUGCAGACGAGAAGGUCAGCAGUUUUUCCCUGAUAUGAUGAUAAUUUUCUUGUUUUGUCAAUAACAAUUCCAUAAUAAUGAAGUGCUGUUGAGUGAAGCAGGUUUGAAUGGAUUAGAGGAGAAAGUGACGGGGGAAUCUGCUCUCCUGAUUUUUGAGUUAUCGGAUGUAACCUGCUCUGGAAUUUAAUUUUAUAUGAAACUGAAAGUGACUUAUACAGAGGUGGUUGAGUGGUGUUAAGUAUAGUUUACGUUUAGUGAGCUGUGUUCUUCAUUUUAUUUGUUUGUUCAUUUUAAUGAAAUGUAUAAAAGCGAUAGUGAGUCAUCUCUUUCAAUAAGUCACAUGGGUCAGAACCGUGGAGCAUCUGGGUGGAGAUCAGCCAGUCCAAGUUGGAGCCUUAUCGGCUCCCUCUGUAUUAACCCUUUGGCUCUCACAUGAGAGCAGCUGUGGGGGGAGGGGGUGGGAACCCAUCUCAGCUCCCGCUGGAUUCUAGGGAGCUCAGAGCAUCACAAGUAAAAAAUGAGCUCCCCUACACAGGCUUUUAGGAGUAGAGAGUUGGUGGAAGGGCAGGGUAUCUCUAAGUAGGGGUGGGAUGGUGGUGGAUUUCUCUGCUGUCACUGUCAUGACCAGGACCAGCCAGCACACCUAUCUGGCUUGCCCUGGGAUUGUGUCUGGUCAGGAUCAGCUGAAGUUGGGGGUCUGGUUCGAAGGGUUGUAAAUGGAGGGGAAGAGAUUGUGCCUUUUAGCCAUUGUGGUGUUGGCAGACUGAAGAUGUGUUUGUGUUUUGGGGGAACAUUUGGGAAUAACUGAAAGAGGGCAGAGUUAAGGUUGUGUGGACAACCUUAUUGCUUAGUUUCCUAUUUUUCAGGCGUGUGAAUUUUGCUGAAAUUGAGCUUCUCCAGGCAGACAACAUUCCACCAGCCACUUAACUCCUUGUUAAUGAUGGUUUUUGUCCUUUAAUUACUCCUUGAGGAAUUCUGCACCAAAAAAUUAAAAAUUCUGCACACUA